AUGGAGCAGGAUGCCAAGACGGACGAUUCCAUCGCGCCUCACCGCAAGCAAACGUACGAACGAGUCUUUUCGAGCUUUGCGACGCCGCGAUUCAUUCAGUCCCGGCAUGAAGCAGGAGCAGGAGCUACACAAGAAGUCGCCCCGCCCAACAAUAAUGACGGCCUCGUGGAUGUGCAAGCGCAAGCCCAACCAACAAACCCUCUGUUCUGGGUCAACUCGGACCUUCAAACGGUGAACGGGGGCUCGAGACAGGAGACCCUGAAGCGAAUUCGAUCGCAUGUGAUGUCCGAGCACAAUCGCAAGAAACGGCUGGAAAACACUCGGCGCUACAAUAGGGACAAAACGUGGAAGAACCUUGCGUUCCGGCCCGAGUCGGCAUCCAGACUUUCCAUAUCGUCGACGUCCAAUAGAUCUAGCUCAAAGGCGUCGUCGUCGUCGUCCCCGGAAGAUAAAGAACACUCGUUCAGGAAAGGAGGAAACAUCGCAAAACCCAAAGGUGUCAAGACAGCCGCCCCGGCACGCACGUCGUCUGCAGACAUCACACGAGAUCAACGGCUGUCUGCCACGAACACGCAAUAUCAAGAUGUGUACAGGCAAGGCCCGGAUGCGUACAAGGCAUCACCGCGUCGUGUAGCCACGGGCGAUGUAGACCCGUUUCACGCGGCACAAGUACGACUGUCUGAAACGCAAUAUCAGCACUUGAAAUUCUGUACGGUUUUCCUUCCACGCGAGUGCGCAACAUUGAUCAACAAUCAACAACUAACGCAAAAAUACGCAGUUUUGUACGACCUCAUCCCGCAAGCAGCCCCUUUUAUAUAUCAUGGCAUAUCCAAGUUACGGAGCCACUGGGUCACACUCGUACAGUCGAACCCUUCUGCGCUAUACGCUUGUAUCACAUCGGCCGCCACGAAUAAGGCAUUGAUGACAGGGGACUUUUUUGCCGACCCGGACACUCAGCGCAGCAGCCCGUUAAUCUUGGACCGGUUACGGAGCCGUGGAGAGACCAUUGGCUUGAUCAAUCGCGACCUGUCUUCUGUGUCGUCGGCGUCGAGCGAUGCGUCAAUUGCUGCUGUUUCAGUGUUGAUAUCGAUUGAGAUUACAGGGAGCAAUCCCCAAGAUAUCGCGAUCCAUCUCAACGGCCUACGAAAGAUGGUCUCGUUGCGGAAGAACUUUUCUGAUAUAGCCAAGAAUGUACGAUGGCAGCUCGAGUGGACGGACAUCCGCUCCGCGUGCAAAACCAUGUCCAAACCCCUCUUCCCAUUCAUCCGCUACACCAUGCCUUCACAUACCCCAUCCGAAGUCCUCGUUUCCAACGCUGGCAAACUCGGCUCCAGCCUCCUCGCGCUCAACCACAGCCAUCCCGGCACAUUGAGUAGCACCAUGACCGACACCAUCAACGACCUCAUAAGCGUCACGCUAUACGCCGAAAUCUUCAAAACCAACCCCAAACUCGCCGCCGUAAUCUUCGACGAAGAAAUAGAAGACUACUUCAACAACGAAGUCCUUUACACAGAAUACAGCCUCCUAAACGACCGCUACAUCACACCAACCAUCCUCCGUGACGCCAACGACAACACCCCCGAAGCCGCCACCCGCAUCGCAAGCCUCUUAUUCCACAACACAGCCCUGUGGCCGUUCUACCCCAGCAUCGCCCCCGUUUUCCCCAUGCCUGUCUUCGCCCUCCAAUCAUCGAUAGCCAGUGGCCUUGAGGCAGGCUACUACCACAAUGAUGCCACCGCGCCAGCAACAACAGAGCUCCUAAUUUGGCUCCUGUUCGUGGGCGCAUGCGCAUCGAAAUAUCUGCCGCCGAUUCGCGCGUUUUUCAUGCAAGAAUUGGGAGUUGUGUUGAGGCGGCAUUGUGUUUCUUGUUCUCCUGCCUCGUCGUCUCCUUCAACGCCGUCGCCGCGCUCAUCAUCGUCGUCGUCAUCAUCACCAUCAUCAUCAUCAUCCGCGGCGUUCUCGUCCUCAUCAGGGAUACGUACAUUCGACGAUUUUCGUGAUCUUUUGCAGGGGUAUUUGUAUGUUGAUCGGUGUUAUUUGGUGGAAGCGAGGGAUGUUAUUCAAUUCAUUAGCUAG